UUUAUGGUGACCUUAUAUCACAUUUGGCGGAGUAUCAUAAGUAUGACGCGCUGGUAGUUUUUGAAGGGCACACCAACAAGUUCACCAGCUACACUGGAACCCGCGCGCUCAUUCCUCACUCAUAGGUUUUGCCUUCAGAGCUAGAUAGGGCCAAGGACAUAAUCAUGUCGGGCUUGAAUCGUUCCUUCAAUUUCCUCAGAACCACGCUGCGACCCCACAUCAUUCCGAAAGCCAACGUUUCGGCGAAGCCUGCCAAGCACCCUCUGACUGCAGGGGAGCAGGCCAUUGGGAUGCUCGCCAUGUUCACUGUCAUUCUGGUGCCAUCCGGCUGGAUCCUGGCCCACCUGGAGGACUACAAGAAACGGUGAAGCGACCCAGAGCGACGUUGACACGCCAUGUCGACCCAGAGACUCCGUCCUGCCUCACAAAAUCACACCUUUUCCAAAGAAAUGACUGUACUCUGACCAUGCAUGCUUCCCAGAAGCUCUUCAACUUUGUCAAUAAAUGUCCACCUUGAAAACAAAACAAAACAAAACAAAAAAAA